AUGCAGUACCGUCGCUUUGCUGGAGGAAGUGACUGGACUUUCAGUGAUUCUCUCAAGAACGGUUUCACGUGUUUGGACCCGGACCACUGUUCACCAUGCCUCCGUGAUGCAGCCUUUGCACACAGACUCAUGUCAUCCUCUUUUACUCGGCUCCCAACGUGUUUGUACACCCCAUCCGGCUUGACACUUGCGCUGGAAUCUGAAAGUUUUCUUCAAUCCUGUCUGGGCAUUUUGGUGGUGUUUGACGAAGAUCGACCAGAGAAGUCAAUGCCUUAA